CGGGGAGCGGCCGGCUGUUAAACCGGUCGCGUUUGGAGGCUGAACUGAGGGCAGGAAGUGCGGGCGGCUCCUCCCCGCGUGCUCCCGUCCUCCUCCUCCUCCUCGCCCAUGUCCGAUCCAAGAUGGCCGGGAUCCCUUUGUAUUUUGUGGAUUUGCAGGAUGACUUAGAUGAUUUUGGAUUUGAAGAUUACGGACCAGACUGUGAUAGCAUGAGGAUAACAGCAUUCUUAGACAUUCCAGGACAGGACAAUUUGACCCCACUGGCUCGUUUAGAAAAAUAUGCCUUCAGUGAAAAUGUAUUUAACAGGCAGAUUAUUGCCAGAGGUCUUUUGGAUGUCUUUCGAGAUUUCAGCAAUAAUGAGGAAGAUUUCCUGACUGUAAUGGAAAUUGUGGUCAGGCUCUCUGAAGAUGCAGAGCCGACUGUCCGUACAGAGCUGAUGGAACAAAUACCUCCAAUUGCCAUUUUUCUGCAAGAAAGUCGGCCAAAAUUCCCAACAGCGUUUUUUGAAUACCUGAUGCCCAUAGUGGUGAGAUAUCUGACAGAUGUGAACAAUCAGGUUAGAAAGGCAGGUCAAGAAGCACUGCUCAUACUUUUGGAACAAGAUCUUGUUUCUCAGAGUGACAUUGAAAACAAAGUGUGUCCAAUUCUGUUGGACCUCUCUGCUCCUGACAGUGAUGAUGAGUAUAAAGUGGAAGCUGUGAAUAUAAUCUGUAAAAUGGCUUCUAUGCUGAGCAGAACAACAGUUGAGCACUUGCUACUUCCUCGUUUUUGUGAACUUUGUAGUGAUGGGAAAUUGUUUCAAGUCCGAAAGAUUUGUGCGGCUAAUUUUGGUGACAUUUGUAAUGCAGUCGGGCAAGAAGCCACAGAAAGACUUCUGAUUCCCAAGUUCUUUGAGCUUUGUUCUGAUAGUGUUUGGGGCAUGAGAAAAGCUUGUGCUGAAUGCUUUAUGGCAGUGUCUUACACCACAUCCCCAGAGGUCCGCAGGAGCAAACUGUCCCCACUCUUCAUCAGUCUUAUUAGUGACACUUGUAGAUGGGUUCGCCAGGCAGCUUUUCAGUCUCUUGGCCCUUUUAUUUCCACUUUUGCAAAUCCGUCAAGUGCUGGACUCUACAUCCGAGAAGAUGGGACACUGAGCAUCCGGCCAUCAGCACAAGAUGUGAAUUCCAAUUCCUGCCAACCAAGUAACGUGACUGUAAUUGCCUCUACUGCAAAUGCUGCAUCAUGCAGUUUGGAACAACCAAUGGAAAUCAAAUCAGAGUCAUCAACUGAGGAGACUUCAGCUGAAGUUAAGGUGCCAGUCUCUGUUGAGAACCUCAGUAGAGACACGUGGGAAGCAAGUUCAGAUUGCUGUAUGAGUUCUGGAGAAGAUCUGUCUAGAUUGCCUCAGGAUGAUGGAGUUGUUACUGGUGUGGAAGUCGCUAAGGACAUCAAUUUUCCAGCAGUUACCUCAAGGCUACAGUGUUCUGAGGAUGUAUUUAAUACUUUUCUCUACUGGCGGCCUCCGCUGCCUGAUAUAAGUCAGGAGCUGGAGUUGCUUCAGUUCAAGACUGAGAAGCACAAAGACAGCUGCUCAGGGCCGUGUAAUAACUGCGUUGCUAGCAGUGAAAUAAAAAAGGUUCUGGAAAGCUUACAGGAGCACAUAGAUGAUCCAGAUGUUCAAGCUCAGGUCCAAGUGUUGUCUGCUGCUCUCAGAGCUGCUCAGUUUGAUUCUGUUGGGGAUUGUGAGACGAGAAAAAUGGAAGAGAGCAGUGGUGAACUUCAGAACCAAACCAUUUCAGAUCAAACAGCUGUUUCUGAUGCAACCUGUAACCAGGUGGAGGAGGGCACUCUUUCAUCCUCUAUGUCCCAAGAUAGCAUCAGUGAGCAGCCCACUACCAGUGUACUGAAAAGCACAAAUGUCCUUCUGCAGGACUCGGAACAACACAGAGGAACCAGUGUAUUCUUAGAGAAAGAACAGGAGGAUCAUCCGCCGUUUGAAGACGACAAAUCAAAGUUACAGGAUAUCAUACCUCAACCUUUACUUGACCAGUACUUGUCCAUGACUGACCCUGCUCGUGCCCAGACGGUUGAUACUGAAAUAGCCAAGCACUGUGCAUACAGUCUUCCUGGAGUGGCCUUAACGCUGGGUAGGCAAAACUGGCACUGCUUGAAAGAUACCUAUGAGACACUGGCCUCAGAUGUGCAGUGGAAAGUACGUCGAACGUUGGCUUUCUCCAUACAUGAGCUGGCAGUUAUUCUGGGGGAUCAGCUAACAGCUGCUGAUCUGGUGCCAAUUUUCAAUGGUUUCCUGAAAGAUCUCGAUGAAGUGCGCAUUGGUGUCCUUAAACAUCUCUAUGAUUUUCUAAAGUUACUUCAUGCGGACAAAAGACGAGAAUAUCUGUACCAGCUUCAAGAAUUUGUGGUGACUGAUAACAGCAGGAACUGGAGGUUUCGUUAUGAGUUGGCAGAGCAGCUAAUCCUGAUACUGGAACUCUACAAUCCCAAUGAUGUCUAUGACUACUUAAGACAUAUUGCACUAACUCUCUGCUCUGAUAAAGUUUCAGAAGUUCGGUGGAUCUCCUUCAAACUGGUUGUAGCAAUACUGCAGAAGUUCUAUGCAAACAAUGCAAGUGCACUGGGAUUAAAUUUCAUUAAUGAACUCGUAGUGAGGUUUCGCCACUGCUCCAAGUGGGUUGGAAGACAAGCUUUUGCCUUCAUUUGUCAGGCUGUGGUAGAAGAAGAAUGUAUGCCUGUUGAUCAGUUUGUUGAACACUUACUGCCCAGUCUCUUAAGUCUUGCUUCAGAUCCUGUGCCAAACGUAAGGGUUCUGCUUGCCAAGGCUCUGAGGCAGACAUUAUUGGAGAAAGCUUAUUUUAAGAGUGUUGGCAAUCCUCACCUAGAAGCUGCGGAGGAGACUAUUCAAGCUUUGCAGUCUGACAGAGAUCAAGAUGUGUCCUUCUUUGCUACCAUAAAACUAAGGCAAAACAACAUGGACAGUUCUCCCACUGAGAAACAAAACUAGUAUGUUCUUCUCCAGUAAGCUCUGAACAUCAAAAUUAUUAUUUGCACAGCAUUCAUGGUUAGUAUGAAUAAGGUGGACAAACAAAAACUACUUCUUGCCUUCUUGAGUUAAAAAGGGCCUAUUGAGAAUUGCCAUCCUCUUCAUUCCAUGACUACUUUCCAUCUACAACUUUCUACCUUUCUACCUUUGUUUUUGAGCAAUUCUUUUUUUUUUUUUUUUUUUUCUUCACAAAUGUGGCUGGUAACUGCAGGCUAGGUCAGUUUGGUGUUGUCAGUUCAUACACAUAGUUUAUGUUCUCAGUAAUUAGAAAUCACUUUGUUUUUUAACAAAACAGUUCCAUUAGUUGCUUGCUAUAAGCUUGCAAUAUUUUCUAAACCUUGCAACUUCAUUAUAGCAAAUUUACCUGAAGAUAUUAUUUUCUCAGUCUUAUAGCUUUUGUAUUGUUUCAAGUAUUGCAUUUUAUUUUAACUGGAGGAAUUGUAUAUAUGUAAAUAGCUCUUAAUUUUUAACAAAAAAAGAUGAAGAAUUUUUUUCUGUAUCAGUGGAAAAAAGCUCAAUCAUUUCAUUUUAUAAAGUAGUUAUUCUGCUGGAGGUAAAGCACGGUUCAUUUUUACUUAAUAUAAUGUGAUAUUUUUCAAAGCACAGAGCUCUGACUUUUUUUGUGACUUUUCUGUUACUUUAUUACUAAACUGUACUCUUACAGGUGUUAAUGCUGCUGCUGUUACUGCUGGUGCUUGUAGCUGUAGAGAGACUGUUAAUGUCUCAAACUGAAAAUUACUCGUUCCAUCCUAGUGAAGUUCCCUUCAGCUAAAGGAUUCAGUUCUUACUACACGUUAGUAUCUUUGGAAGGAUAUCACAGGAUUUUAUAGACCUAGGCUCUUUUACAGGUCUCUUUCAUGCCCGCUUCAUUUGAAGAGCACUGUGAAGUGGGCCAACGUUCAGAUCCCCAUCAACCUGUCACUUUUUUCAUAGGAUGUUGAGGACAUCUAAGUUCUGGAGAAACUCCACAUAGUAAGUGUUCAGGGUAAAGGUGUUAAUUCAGUUUGCUCUAGAACUUUUGUUUAUUAUAUGGUAAGUGUAGAGGCAGACAACAGGUGUAGGCUACUGAGAUCCUUAGGCUUGAGCAGGACGUGCCUUUUGUUGAUUUAGGUCUUUCAGAAGACAAUAUACAGAUGGAACAAAAUUCCAUUAAUCUGACAGCUUCUGACUAGUUUGCAGAAUUACAAAGCUGCUAAUUCUUGGUGGAUGCUGUCUUCUGUUAUGCUCCAAACCUACAUUACCCCCGUAGGGCCUGAAACAAAAAGAGCUUUAUUUUUUUGGUUUGGUUUGGUAGUUUGUCUUGUUCAAGAAGAAAAAGUUCUCAAUACUAGAAAAAUGGUUUCAUGUAAUAAGUUACUUUGUGUACCCAUUAAUUUGUUGUCAGUAGACCUGUGGAGAUAUUUCUGUCCUCUUAUUUCACUUCUUUAAAUUAUUCUUUAAGACGUGGCAUUGUCUGAGAUGCAGAGUCCAGCUGAGGAACCUACUUGCUGUAUUUUUUAAGGGUACAGUUUUGUAUCAGUUUGUCUAACUAGUCUUGUAUUAUAAUGUACAGUAUUUGUAAUAAAUUGUUUUCUUGUGAGUUCGCAAUACUUUUGGAAAAUAAAGGCAGAAAUGUACCAUUGCCAUCACUGCUCUUACAGAAACAGCAUAAGCUGUAAAUUUUGCAGCAUUCUACAUUUAAUUUUUUACAAUUUUUUUUAAUAAUUUUAACUGGUUCUACAGACUUUUUAUGAUUGCAAUUUCUUAACAAAGAUUAUUCAAGUUAAUUUUUUCUAGUUCUAAUAUCUUUUUCUAAUGCUGGCUUUAUAUUGGUAUUUUAUAACAGUUCAAAUUUUCUAAGGCCUUUCUGAGAAGGUUUUACUUCUGUUUUUCUAUUACCAGCUCACUAAAUUUCUCAGCACUGAUCAAAAUGUUUGUGUGUAUAUGUAAGUAUGUUUGUAAUGUACAUGAAGUUGAGCAUUGACACAGCCCAGGCUUCUGUUUGUUGGAUAAUGUUUUGUCACCUUGCAAUAAUCCACUGAAAAACACACAAGCUUUUGUGUUUUGGCAUGUUUGAUUAGUGUUCAUUAAGAAUUUUUAGUUAGAAUAUAUAUAUAUACAUAUAUAUAAAAAAAAAUAAGCCACCAUCUGUAGAAGUUCACUGAAAACUAAAUACAGAUCUUUGUUUCUGACAGUAUUUAAUACCUCUCUAGCUCUGAAAAUCACAUCUGUUCCAAAUGGUAAGAUUUCAUUUGGAGCAUUCAAAAAUUUGUUUGAACUCUACAGUUGCAUGCACUAAUGGAGGACACCAUAGCUUUUGGGAGUGUCUUUUUUUCUUUUUGUAUGACAAAGUGCAGGUCUGUUGGUGCAGGUUUACCCUUUACAAGGUUUGCCUUUUUGUUGCAAUUUUCUACUAGAAAUGAUUUCAGCAUGACUAAAGACUGCACUUUACAUCUUGUUCUGGACAAAUGUAUACAGUGAUGAGUAAAGCUGUGUGUUAGCAUACAAUCCUCUGGGUUUAAAUUAUGCAAAAAAAAAAAUGUAUUUUAAAAGCCAGACGAAACAAAGUUAGUUAAUCCACUUCCACAAAAACAGUAUGAAUAUCACUUUAAAGCAUUUCUAGCUAAGGAACAUGAAAAUAAUGUUAGUGGGUGCAAUAUUGCUUGACUGUUACAGGAAAUCAUCAAGCACUUGUAAUCCAAAGCAUGUUAGUCAUGUUGCUUGGAAUUCAAACUCACUGGCAUCUUAUGUAUGAUGUACACUUGGCAUCUGUGGGGAUGCUGCCCUAGUGGCAGCUGUGACUGUACACAGUGUUGUUUAGAACCCAGUUAAUGGAGACACUCUGGAAGUGUCAUUCAUUUGUCAGAAUAGAGAAUCUAUGUAACUUUCUAUUUGUAUUUAUCUCAAUAAAAUCUGUGACUGUUUUAUAAA